AUGGACUUUGACUUCGAUGCUAUCGAAGAGGAGGACUCGCCGUACCCUGAGGUCCGGGCAUCGGUAUCGAAUAUCGACGACCCGGACAUGCCCGCCCUAACAUUUCGUAUGUGGUUUGUUGGGCUCUUCCUAUGUCUAAUCAGUGGCGCCCUUAACGUGUUCUUCAACUUCCGCUCUCCUGCGCCUUCUGUCGUUCCUCUGGCCCUUCUACUCCUCUCCUAUCCCCUUGGCAAGUUCCUUGCUUUCACACUCCCUAUUACUGUCUACCGCAUACCGCUCCCUUAUAUCCCCUCUUUUCUCAUACCCGCACCACCUAUACCACCUCAAUAUCCGGCUUCCUUCUUCAGUCGUCUCGCAUUCAUCCUAUCACCCAGGAGAAUAGUGCACACGCUCUUUGCUCCCUUCUCUUCUUCAACUACACCUUCAUUUGAAUUCUCUCUUAAUCCUGGUCCAUGGAACAUCAAAGAGCAUGUACUCGUGUUUAUCAUGGCUAACGUCGCCGUCAGUAACCCAUAUGCUCUUUACGCGAUCGUGGUUGCCGAAGUAUACUACGAUUUGGCGUUGGGCUACUGGUUCAGUUUGGUUCUCGUUUUGGCCACCCAACUCACUGGUUUCGGUUUGGCCGGCGUCUGUCGACGGUUUUUGGUGUGGCCUGCUUCUAUGGUCUGGCCUCAGAAUCUUGUAGCAUGCACUUUGCUCAACACGCUGCACGCUGAAGAAGACUCUGAUGAAGUUAUACCGAGUAUCACUGAAAGGACGAUGGGAAUGACGCGAUUCAGGUUUUUCAUGUGGGUUAUGAUUGGUAUCUUCUUCUGGUCUUUCGUGCCCGGAUUUCUAUUCUCUGCCGUAUCAAUCUUCUCCUUCUUAUGUUGGGUUUGGCCGAACAAUGUUCCCGUCAACCAGUUAUUCGGGGUGUACAGUGGUUUAGGCAUGAGUGUCUUGACAUUUGAUUGGACUCAGAUCAGCUGGAUUGGCAGCCCGCUGAUGGUUCCAUGGUGGGCGCAAGUGCACGUAGCAGUUGGGUUUGUUGUCUUUUACUGGAUUCUGACGCCCAUCCUAUAUUACACCAACUCGUGGGAUCUUUCCUACUUCCCCAUUUCAGCAAACGAACCUUACGACCGGUUCGGAAAUAUCUACAACGUCUCUCUUGUCCUUCGGAAGGACGAUACUUUCGACAGCGAAGCCUACUAUAACUAUUCGCCUCUCUAUCUUCCGGCAACGUAUGCCAUGUGCUAUCUGAUCGCGUUUGCGCUGUCCACAUGUGUUAUCACACACACCAUCCUGUACCAUGGCAAGUCACUCUUGAACGGCAUCAAAAAGAUGAGGAUCGAGAAGGACGAUAUUCACGCCAAAUUAAUGAGAAACUACCCCGAGGUCCCAGACUGGUGGUAUAUCAUCUCUUUCGUCACUUUCUUCUGCCUCGCGAUUGUUGCUGUCGAAGUAUGGAAAACUGGCGUACCAGUCUAUGCGUUACUCCUGGCAUUGCUUUUGCCGGUUAUCUACAUUCUACCGAGUGGCUUCAUUUACGCUAUGACCGGUCAAGGAAUCACCCUGAAUAUCUUGGCUCAAAUCAUCCCUGGAACACUUGUGCCAGGGAACCCGCUCGCAAACAUGGUGUUCAAAUCGUAUUCCGUCCAGACCUUAACGGAGGCUACAUCGUUUGUUCAGGACUUGAAGUUGGGGCACUAUGUCAAAGUACCGCCAAGAGCGACAUUUGUUGUUCAAUUGGUGGGCACAAUAUUGGCCGCAUUCGUGCAAGUCGGCGUAAAGACCUGGAUAUUCUCCAAUGUCCCCGACAUUUGUUCGGAUCACCAAAAGAGUAACCUUACCUGUCCGCAUAACCAGGUCUUCUAUACGGCCUCAGCCGUGUGGGGUCUUAUUGGCCCUACACGACAAUUUGGUACUGGCUCGAUCUAUCAUCCUCAUCUAUAUGCGAUCAUCGUCGGCGCUUUCCUGCCUCUGCCGUUUUGGUUAUGGCAACGGCGACAUCCGAAUUCGUGGGCAAAGUACGUAUCUACGCCGAUCGUAUUAAACGGUGUCUCUGGAAUCCCCCCUGCAACUGGUAUAAACUAUUCGAGCUGGUUCGUCGUUGGUGUCGUGUUCCAGUAUAUGAUCAGAAAGAGGAACUUUGCGUGGUGGAGCAAGUUCAACUACGUUACGAGUGCAGCCUUGGACUGUGGAACAGUGUUGGGGCUGAUAUUUAUUUUCUUCACUCUGCAGUUUCCAAAUGGAGGUGUGACGCUGAAUUGGUGGGGAAACAAUGUAUACGUGAAUACGGCUGAUUACAAUCAAACUCCACUAAGAACUAUACCUGAAGGUGGUAUACCCUGGCCAUCAUAG